UGAUGAAUUUGACGAAGCAGAUUUGUGUUUUAGCAGCAAUAAUGAGAUGAAUAUAUUUGAUGAAAUUCUGGACUCUUAUGGGCAACUUCGUUCUGAAGAAAGUAAUAGUUUAGUAGAAGCUGAAGCUGAAGCUGAUUUAACCGAUUCAGAAGAGGGUGAAUUAGAUAAAAGUGAUGAAAUACCAAGACAUCGAGUUUACUAUUGUUUCAAAGGUCGUCGCUAUGAAGCAAAGAAAAAGGCACAUACUCUAGAAGAAAGAAAUAAAACACAUGAGAAUAGUGAUUGUGAUUAUCAUAUUAAUUUUCAAAGAUGGAAAAGCGAUAAUCAAGUACAUAUCUCGGGUAUAAUUGGCAAGCAUUCACAUCAAAUGAGUAAUAAUAUCCAAAUGACUGCACCUCAAUAUCGUCGCCUAACAUCUGAAAUGCGAGAAGACAUAGAACUUCUUUCUGCUAGUGGUGUACGUACUGGAGCGAUUAUUAAUGUGUUAACAAAAAAAUAUCCAGAUCAAUACAUCCAUGCACGUAGCGUCUACAAUAUUGUCCAAACAAUUAAAUCAGAGAAAGAAAAAUUGAGUGAUGCAGGUGCUACUUACAAAGAACUAAUAUCACGACUCGUUGCAACGGCCUUAAUUAUGGACGAGCAAAAAAUAACAUUUGAGUGGAUCUUGCAGGGGCUACUUAAUGCUACAGGUU